AUGCGCUACAGUGUCCCGCGGUCGCUGUCCCCCUCACCCGUGCGACGAGACCCCCGAGAAAGCAAGGGGCGGUCGACCUACGGCCUCAACCUCGUCAACUACUCUGAUUCAGACGACUCGUCUGACUCUCUGGAGGACACCGACUCUACGUCUGACUCAGAAGUCGAAGCACCUCCAGAGCCUCCACUAUCACCAAGCCACAAACUGAGACCGAAGGCCACGCCUGAGCAGCGGCACGUUGCAGAGACAAUAGCCGCGAUCAGACUUCGCACACGACACCACGACCCUUACGAGGAAUGGGAGAAGCAGACACGGAAGGAUGCAUUCCGCAUUGCUCGGAAAGACCAUGCUGCAUUGCAAUCAAAACUGCUCAGUGAGCGCGACAAGUCUCACACUCAAGAGGAGAGGCGGCUUGCGGCAAUACACACGCGUCAACUCGCCGAAGUGGAGGGGAUGCUGAGCUCGCUGAAGAUCCAACAACAGAAGGAGGAAGACACACUGAAACGAACUUGGGAAGAGCGGGAUAAGGCACUCUGGGCACGGAUAGAUGCUGGAAUCAAGGUCGAAGAGGACAAGGUGCGAGUCAAGCUUGAGGCAGAACGGAAGGUCAGAGAGGAAGCGGAAAGGAAGAGGUUAGAAGAGGAGGCUAGAAAGAAUGCGGAGGAGGAGAGGAAAAGGAAGGAACAAGAAGAAAUAAAACGGGCAGCGGACGAAAAGGAGCGCUUGCGAGUAGAACAGGAAAAAAGGCAACAAGAAGAGGAGAGGAGACGUGCCCAAGAUGAACAGGCCACAGCUGACGGUCGGAAAACUAUUGGACUGACGACUGCUGGCGAGGAUUGGAGGACAGCACGCUCUAUACUUAUGACAAUAAAGAACAACACCAUGAAGCCUAUCAAAACUGACAAGGCCCGUCGGUCCAUGUGGGGAGAGUAUAGACGAAAGAUAACACCCAAGAUCGGGCAAUUAACCAACGACUCUAAUUCCAUCCGCGACAUUACGAUGUUCAUCCAGUCUCAAAUCAUGCUCCCAAAUCCACCACAUCCGCCGAUGUUAUAUACCGGCCUCUGCUCCUCCCUCGCCAAAGCUAUCCUCUUACAAGCCGAAACCGAGGUGACGGCUGAGAAGAAAGCGGCCCUUCCACUUGCGCAAUUAACCCACGCCCUCCUCGAAAAUCUUCCUUCUUUCCCCGAAGUCUUCUUCGCGAAACUCGUCCAGCGCUGUGGCCCGUGGGCUAUUCCGUCAGUACUCCCCACCACAGAUGUGACGGGCGAGCCCUGGAAAGACGACGAUGAACGCGCCAAGGCCAUGGGCUACCGCCGAAGUGUCGAAGACAACGUCCCACGAGAACCGGUGGGCGAAUACAUGCUGCGGGUUGCUGGGAUUAUGCGGGUCUACUUUGCCGUAUUGAAAUUACCACCCAACAAUGGACAACCGCUGAAUCCAUUGUUUCAAAUGCCACGAUUAUGGGUCUGGUUGGCUAGGCUCAUGGGCAGCGAGAGGAUGCUGGAGAGUCCAGUAGCAGCUCAAUUAAUCUAUACUGCGUUGGACGUCCUUGGCUCAUUUGCGCUCCAGGUUUGGGGCCACCAGUGGGUCAAGCUGCUCGAGUUGGUUUACGCUGGAGCGACAGCCGGUUACUCUGCGGAUAACAAACUCAUCGGAGGCUCGUCUGCCGAAGGAAUCGCUGCCCGUAGUCGUCUGAAGAUGGAGGUGGAACGAAUUAUGGCUGGGAGGUGA